AUGAGGGUUUCUACACUUAUUGCCGCAGCCGCUGGUUGUGCGCAAGCAUUCGUUUUACCGCAGACUUUUUUGGACGCUUUCCAGCUGUCUUCAGGCGUCGAUGAACAAUCGUUUUUCUGGCCCCAUAAGCCGUAUUUCCUCAAGCAUGAAGUGGAUCCUGAGAGUUUCCCCGAUGACAUUGAGCUUGCGGAACUCAAUUCCACUGCUUGGGACCUGUACCAAAUCGCAGGUACGUCCAACCGUACUUACGGCCACCCAACUCGUGUCAUCGGCUCUGAAGGUCACUGGAACACUUUGAACUACAUUCUGCGCCAGUUCGAUGAAAUGAGAGACUACUACGAAAUCUCCACCCAAAGCUUCAAAGCCUUAAAUGGUAAGGUUUACCACUAUGACUUGAACUACACCAAUGGUGCCAAAGUUCCUACCGCUCAAGCGUUUAGUUUGUCCCCUCCAGCCGCACCCUUUGUUGGCAAGUUGGUUGAGAUUCCAAACCUGGGUUGUACCGACGCGGACUUCGAAGCUUUAACAAUAACUGAGGACUCUAUUGCCUUAAUUGAAAGAGGUGAAUGCCCUUUUGGUAAGAAAAGUUCUUUGGCUGGCAAACACGGCUUCAAAGCGGUAGUGAUUUACGACAACGACCCUACAUCUGAGAAGGGAGUUAGUGGUACUUUAGAAAAGCCUACCAACCAUACGGUCUCCACGGUCGGUGUUUCUUUUGCUGUGGGUCAAGAACUGAUUUUGGGAAUCACCUUAGAUCCCCACUUUUCACUGUUUUACUACAUGGACUCAUACGUGAAUGAAAUCGAGACUAAGAACAUUAUUGCCGACACCAAACACGGUGAUCCCGAAAAUAUCGUCGCUUUGGGUGCUCACACUGAUUCCGUUGCAGCCGGGCCUGGUAUUAACGACGACGGCUCAGGAACCAUCUCCUUGCUUGCUGUCGCUAAGCAUUUAUCUAAUUACAAAAUCAACAACAAAGUUCGUUUUGCGUUCUGGGCAGCAGAAGAAGAGGGUCUGGUUGGAUCUAACUAUUACGCUGAACACUUGACACCGGAAGAGAACUUGAAGAUGAGAUUGUUUAUGGACUAUGAUAUGAUGGCGUCUCCAAACUACCAGUAUCAAAUUUACGACGCUAACAAUAUUGAUAACCCAAGAGGUUCUGAGGAAUUAAGGGACUUGUACAUUGACUACUACACCGAACAUGGUUUGAACUAUACAUUGAUUCCAUUUGAUGGUAGAUCCGAUUAUGUCGGGUUCAUUGAGCACGGCAUUCCCGGGGGUGGUAUUGCCGCGGGCGCCGAAGGCAAGAAUACUGACAAUGGUAAGGUCUUGGACAGAUGUUACCAUGAGCUUUGCGAUGAUGUUAACAACCUAAACUGGGAAGCGUUUUUGACGAAUACUCAGCUUAUUGCGUACUCCGUUGCUCGCUAUGCUGACUCCUUGAAGGGUUUCCCAGAAAGAGAGAUCAAUGCGACAGUCACAGCUUCCAGCGCUGACAUUCAAUAUAAGUACCCUUACAAGGGUGGUGCCAACCUUUUAUUGUAG